CCAUUUUGCGCCUCACUUCCUCUGCCCACUUCUUGGUAGACUUGGCUCUGGUAACCUUCCCCGUUGUUAGCAGUUCUCGCACCAUCUCCACAACGCAUACACCACAAGAAAUUCUGUCAUGUUGCAACGUAGUAUUUUUGGGCUCCAUGAAUGUCAAUUCGAACUUUUUUCUCACUCCCUCUACUCCCGCCGCAUACGUGGCAAUCAGUGGAAUUCCUUUUUGGAUCUUUUGGAGUCCUUUGACGCGUGAUUCGCGAAUGUGCUCACGAUCCAAAAGCAAGCCCGGUGACCACAGCAUACUCAUGGGCGGAGAAUCGUGUAAAAUUGUUACCAAUACAGAACCACAUCUCGUUCGGUUUCUGACCGACACGAGUCACCUCGCGCGAAAAAACCCCAUGCAUAGCCUUUGCAGAUACACUGGCCUUAUCAUCAAACUGAAGGAACGAACCAAAGACCGAGCCCUGGAAAGCAGUCAAGUCCCCUUCAACGUGGCCCAACUCAUUCUUGAUAUCAGAACAUAUAGACUGCCGGCUGUAAAUGUUGAUUUUCAGCCCUUGAUAAUUAUCGAUCAGUUCCGGUCUCUUGUACGACCACAAAUCCUAAACAAAUCGCAUUGUUGUUGUUAUUGUUACUUAUUCAAAA